AUGGCUGGAAGGCAACGACUAGAUGAAAAGCGAAUACUGGAGGUUUUGGAGGACCUUCCCUCAGAUUAUGACACAGACACAGAAGUAGAAGAGGAUGAAGACGGAGAAUUUGUAGAUGACCCUGACCAACCCAGGUCCAUCUGUCUAACAUCUGAGCCAUAUGCUACAGCUGAUAGUGAAAGUGAUGCAGCCCAAUGCAAAGGAGGUGUGGCCACAAACCAGGAACACCCUGAUCAGGAAGGAUUGUCUACAAGCACAAAUGGUCAAGAACUCCCAACUUUCAGUGAAGAGGAGCUUCCUUCUACUAGAGAGGACCUGGCAGUUAGACCUAUUCAAGAACCAAUGUCACGUGACAGAUUUUGCAAAAUUCUUAGUAACCUACACCUGAAUGACAACCAAAAGAUGGACCCCAAGAAAAAGGACAAACUUUACAAACUAAGACCACUGGUUGAAAGCCUGAAUAAAAAAUUUGAAAAUAUCAGAUCUACUGGAGAGCAUAUCAGUGUUGAUGAAUCCAUGAUUCGCUUCAAAGGGAGAUCCUCUUUGAAACAGUAUAACCCCAUGAAGCCCAUCAAGAGGGGAUACAAAGUGUGGUGUCUUGUUGAUAACGCUGGCUAUGUUUUCAAGUUUGAUAUAUACACUGGAAAAGGAGAAAACAAUGAUCCUAACAUGAGGAAAGAAUUUGGAUUAGGUGACAAGGAACUAAAAAGAGGACAGUUUGAUUAUAGGUCCACACCCAAUGGCCUAACUGUUUAUAAAUGGAUGGACAAGAAAGCAGUACUCAUGGCAUCCAACUACCAUGGAAUUGAAGCCACAACUGUGAAGAGGACAGAAAAAGACGGAAAGAAGGCAAUAGUCCCUUGCCCACAAGUAGUGAAGGACUAUAAUGACAACAUGGGUGGUGUAGAUAAGCAUGAUAUGCUUCGACAACUUUACGGUACAAACAGGAAGAGCAUGAAAUGGUGGCACAGAAUCUUUUGGGGUCUUCUAGAUAUGUGCAUCGUCAAUGCUUAUGUUGUGUACAAGGAAAGUCAUGGAUCUCUUCCACUCCUAGACUUUCGAAGAGACCUAGCCCAAGGACUUCUAACAUAUUCAAAGGAACGUUCUUCUAGAGGAGCCCCAAGCGUAGAAAAACUGACUACAGUAUACCUCCAUCUGUUAGGCUCAGCAACACUGGCAUUCACUGGCCAAAAUUCAUAG